CAAUUCUUUUUAUCGCAAUCAUGUUAAAACGUCAGCGUUGUGAGGAUUUCGACACAUUUGUGCCACAAACAAAAAAGCUUAUUAGUGAAAAAAUUGUGGACCAGCGAGAUGACAAUAAAAUGAGCAAAAUACAUCAAAAAACCAUCAACUUAUUAUUCAAAGCAGCGCGUGUACAAAAGCCAUUGGAGCAGGCCCAAACAGAGACAACAGCGGAGGUGGAAGUACCACUAUGGCAGCAGAUUGUAAUACGCGGCAAUGGUGAAAUAUCAUCAAAAAACGUUACAGAUCUUAUAGUUGAUCUCUCAUUGGAGAGCCGGAAGUCAAAAUGCUGCCACCGAGAAGCCUAUAUACGUAGUGAUUGUUGUAAUUGUUCACAAGCGUUGUGCGAAUACUGUGGACAUUCAUGUGCAGAAUGUGGAGUAUUUCUAUGCGACAGUUGUGUUUCCUUAUUUGGCUGCGGUAACGUUGAACGACCAAUAUGUGAAAAGUGUGCUUUAUUUCAGAAUUUGUAAUUCUUUUACUCUCUGAAACUAAAAUUAUGUUUUAUUUCGCCUUAAAUUUGUAAAAUCACUUGUGCUUUUUUAUUAUAAUCAAAAUGUAUAUAUAUAUAAAAUUCAAGCGACCUUUAAUAUUAUUUAUUGUAUCGGUGUAAAGGUAUAUUGAAUUUUUGUCUGUGUAGUACCGUUAACGUUAAGUUUAUUGAAAGAAGCACAUAAUCAUUUUUGUUUCUAUUAUUAUUGCUUCCUUAGGAAUUUAAUAUUAUUUCCGAUUUGUUAGUGUUAAAAUUAAGUCAGCGUAGAUUCACAAUAAAUAAUUAAUUAGUAAAAAAAUACAAAAACAUAAAA